AGCUCCAGCCCCAGACAUGUCCUGCUACACCCCGUGCCGUCCCUGCCAGCCCUGCGGGCCCACCCCGCUGGCCAACAGCUGCAAUGAGCCCUGUGUCAGGCAGUGCCAGGACUCCAAUGUCUUCAUCCAACCCUCCCCCGUGGUGGUGACCCUGCCCGGGCCCAUCCUCAGCUCCUUCCCACAGAACACCGCCGUGGGAUCCUCCACCUCCGCUGCCGUUGGCAGCAUCCUCAGCUCUCAGGGAGUGCCCAUCAACUCCGGGGGCUUUGGCCUCUCUGGCCUUGGUGGUGGCUACUGUGGCAGGAGGUGCUUCCCCUGCUAA